AUGUCGAUUUUGAGGGUCGCCAGCCUCUUUACGACCUUGAUCUCACUCGUGGCUGGUCAUGGAUACAUUAAGGAAAUCGAUAUUGAUGGCCAAUCUUAUACGGGUUACCUUGUGAACGAUAAUGGAGGCGGCUCGAAGAUUGGCUGGUCCACGUCUGCCACCAACGAUGGCUAUGUUACCACCGGCUACAGUAGUCCAGAUAUCAUCUGUCAUAUGGAUGGUAAACCGGCAGCAAGUGCAGCACCAGUAAAGGCGGGUGGCACAGUCAAGUUACAAUGGACUUCUUGGCCCUCGGACCAUCAUGGCCCUGUCAUUACUUAUUUGGCCAAAUCCGAUACGGAUGACUGGUCAAGCCUUGACAAAACAAGUUUGAAGUUUUUCAAAUUUGAUCAAGGCGGCCUGAUCAGUGGAAAUACAGCGACUGGAACGUGGGCGACCGACCAGCUCAUCGCGGCGGGCUCUAGUCGCACCGUCACUAUACCAUCUAGCAUUGAACCUGGUAAUUAUGUGCUUCGUCAAGAAAUCAUCGCUCUACACAGCGCCGGCAACCCGCAAAAUUACCCUCAGUGCAUCAAUUUGAAAGUCACUGGUGGCGGAUCUGCAAGCCCGAGCGGAACUGCGGGUGAGAGCCUGUACAAGGCCAGCGAUCCCGGUCUAACCAUCGAUAUCUGGCACGAAGCCACCUCCUAUGACAUCCCUGGUCCAGCUUUGUAUACAGGCGGAGACAGCUCAGAUGAGAGCAACAGCAAUUCGGAAAGUACAACCACAAGCACCACCACAACCACAGCCACGAGUACGACUACCAUGGUCACAUCUCAGACCGACGAUGUUGUCUCGGGCUCGUCUGAUGGAACCUCCACUACUACUGCCCCUGCUUCAACUUCCACUGCCGGGGUCAUGAGUGGUGCUUGCAGCCAGAACUUCUAUUGGUACUGCAAUGGAGGCACAUCCUACCAGCGUUGCGUCAAUAAUGUAUGGUCAGAAUCUCAGAAUCUGGCCCAGGGAACUGAGUGCAAGGCUGGAAUUUCCGAGAACUUGAGCAUCACCGCCACUCGGUCGAGCCGAAAUAUGCAAGCUCGUCAGUUCUGA